AUGCACGAGAAACCAGCCAAUAUGCCUCCCAAGACGUACCUAACCACUGGCUUGAGGCAUCUACCCAAGCCCCGCGCUCUGGAACCCGGUGAAGCCUUUAUCGUUCGGUACAAAAAUUCCCUGCGGCAGUACAAGGCCGAUGUCUGGAUUGGAAUCGUGCUCCCAGACAGAUUUGGGCCUAGCCGACACAUUAAUCGCCGCCCUGUUGGCGCACAGCCAGCUGAUGGUGCUUGGGUGACGCACCUGAAAGAUCGCGUUUACUCCAUGUAUCUUCCGGGCCGAAAUAUGUACAAAUGGGUCGGACUCCAGGAUCUCUACGUAUUGAACGAAAAGACCCCCAAUGUUCUACAGCGCGCCCAGAGACAGCCAGAUGCCAAGAUAUGGGACGAUAUUCUUGAGAUCGUUCGAGGUGAGCCUGGUCUGGAGUUCUGGAAGAACAUGGCCCUUCAGGAACUAGGUGCCAAGGGUAAACGAGGGAAGGAACUCCGUAUCGUUCUACCAAGUGGUCAUGAGGACCUUGUUUCCUGUGGAGAAAGCCAUGAUGACUCCGAGUCAGAGGAAGAAGAAGAUGAGAAACCUGAUGAGCUUCAAGAAGCCGCAUCGAAUCACGUGGAGCCUGUUACUGAUGCCGGACCUGGCUCAUAUAAUGAGCCAGCAGCUAUCAGAUCGUUUUCUGAUGCACGUGCUUCACAGCGCGUUCCAUUGAGACAGUCAUUGGGUUCGUUCCAAGAUGUCAAACCAGCUGCAUCUGCAUCUGAAAUUCCUUUUGCAGACAGGGAGACCUCUAUCGUAACAACGACUCAGCAAUUCCAGCCCCGUGCCCCUCUGAUGCCUCCCACCUCUUCUCUCCCAACGCCAUCCGCACUUGUUACACCAUCACCUACCACCAUGACGCCAAACCCGGUGCCUAAGGUUGAAAAUGAGACAAGUACUGGUGUCCCAGACGUGGCACCCCAGCAACCCGUUGCAGACUUCUCAAUCUUCGACUUGACUCUCGGCCAAGCCCUGAAGCACGUCUUCCUAGAUCAACACGAAGCCGCCAAAAUCAAAGAUGUAUUCCUAGGCGCCGCAACUCUGGAAAGACAACCCGAAUAUCUCCAAAUCCGCGAAUACCUAUCGGACGGAGAAUUCAACCCUCGCCUAAUAACCCUCAAAAACUCAGGCUUCUCCCAUCCAACUCCAUUCCCAGCCCUCGAUGCAAGAAUAAACACCACCAUCUUCCGCCUAGUCGGCGACCAAAUGGGAAUAGGUCAAAACUUCAAACUGAACGGCGUGAGCAACAGUCUCGAUCUUGAAAAUGCCAUACUCGUCCUCGGAAGAGUAUACCUCCAAGCCCGUCGUUUUGGCCUCAUGGAUUUGGUUUAUCGAAUUGCAUUCAAGCUGCAAGUCGCCUGGAACUGUUAUCCAGAAUUAUACCAGUCCAAGCCACUGCUCGAAGUUGCUGCUCUUGCUUUCGCUGGUCGUACUGAGUUCGAUGAGGCGGACUGCGAUUACCUCCAGGCGUGGCUGAUUCAUUUCAUUUCCGAGGCUUCUGAUUUGCUCACUUACAAUGCGAACGAGCAGUUCUGGUCGUUGUUGCGGACUUAUCCGAAGCUGCAAGAGAAGGUUCUUAAUCUGCGCACGCUGGCUCAUGUCCAUAACCCUGAGUUGUAUGGAAAUACCCGUGCGCUCCUCGAGAGUCGCGGUCUGGGAAACCUGUGA